GUAGAGGUUAUUUUCAGUGCGGUAUUCAGAUUAUUUUAGAGCCGAGUGAAGAUCCGUGCGCAUGCGUGCUGUAGUCAUCUGACGGCUGAGCGCUGUGGACGCUUUGCUGUGCCGCUUCACCGAGGGCCACCGCUGUAACGUAACACAGAGCGGGACACAGACAGCCUCCAUGAGGGACCAUCUCCUGCAAGAUCAAAGCUGUUCAACGGACGAGGAGUAACCGCUAAAGACUACCCAGAGGUUUGGCGCUUUGCAUGCGGUGAACCUUUUCCUGAAAUGUAGCCAGCAGCGUGAGUGUGGGUUGUUGUAAUCUCUCGGUCGCUGCAUGGCUCUUCCCGGGGAUGCCAUGAAAAUCAGAACAGCCGACUGAGAGACCGCUGUUCCUCGCUAUCACAGACACGGCGGCGGCGGUGCUGCUGGUGGUGAGCGAUGGAUACUGGUGGAAAGAUCCACUUUAGGUAGCGCUAACGAGGAUCCAAGGAGUGCCGAACGUCUCUGUCGCACGGUUUAGUCGCCGCCGGAGCUGUCUAAAGGAUGGAUUUCACCCUGCUCCGGAAUAUCAUCAGCAGAUACUGUGUGGGGGAGGAGAUCUGGGUGGACAGUCGGACGGUGUACAUCGGGCAUAAAGAACCCCCUCCGGGAGCUGAGGCCUACAUCCCUCAGCGUUACCCCGACAACCGCAUCGUCUCCUCCAAGUAUACCUUCUGGAACUUCAUUCCCAAGAAUUUGUUUGAGCAGUUCAGAAGAAUUGCAAACUUCUACUUCUUGGUUAUAUUUCUUGUCCAGCUUAUCAUCGACACCCCCACCAGCCCAGUCACCAGCGGCCUGCCCCUAUUCUUUGUUAUCACUGUCACCGCCAUAAAACAGGGCUAUGAGGACUGGCUCAGGCACAAAGCUGACUGCUCUAUAAAUGAGUGUCCGGUGGAUGUGGUGCAGCAGGGGAAGGUGGUGAGGACACAGAGUCACAAGCUACGGGUGGGGGACAUUGUGGUGGUGAAGGAGGACGAGACUUUCCCAUGUGACCUCAUCCUGCUCUCCUCCAGCCGCCAUGAUGGGACCUGCUACGUCACCACCACCAGUCUGGACGGGGAGUCCAGUCACAAGACCUAUUAUGCUGUACCAGAUACCAUGGCCUUUAGAACGGAGCAGGAGGUGGAUUCACUACAUGCCACUAUUGAAUGUGAACAACCACAACCUGACCUCUACAAAUUUGUGGGACGCAUCAGUAUUUACAAGGACAAAGAAGAGCCUGUGGCUAGACCACUUGGGGCAGAGAACUUGCUCCUCAGAGGAGCCACACUGAAGAACACUCAACAUAUUUAUGCUGUCGCAGUCUACACUGGCAUGGAGACGAAGAUGGCACUUAAUUACCAGUCUAAAUCUCAGAAGCGCUCCGCUGUAGAAAAGUCGAUGAAUGCCUUCCUGAUAGUGUAUCUGUGCAUCCUGAUCAGUAAAGCGGUGAUCAACACUGUUCUGAAGUACGCUUGGCAGUGGUCUCCUGACCGAGACGAGCCCUGGUACAACCACAGGACUGAGAAUGAGCGCCAGCGCCAUGUGGUGAUCAGAGCAUUUACAGACUUCCUGGCCUUCAUGGUCUUAUUUAACUACAUCAUCCCAGUGUCUAUGUAUGUGACAGUGGAGAUGCAGAAAUUCCUUGGCUCCUAUUUCAUCACCUGGGAUGAGGAAAUGUUUGACGAAGAGCUGGGAGAGGGAGCUCAGGUCAACACCUCUGACCUGAAUGAAGAGCUGGGGCAGGUGGAGUAUGUGUUUACUGAUAAGACGGGCACUCUGACUGAGAACAACAUGGAGUUUAUUGAAUGCUGUGUCGAUGGGAACGUCUACAUCCCGCACGCCAUCUGCAACGGCCAAAUCCUCAGCGCUGCCUCGAGUAUAGACAUGAUUGAUUCCUCACCUGGAGGAUACAGGAAAGAACAUGAGGAUCUGUUUUUUCGGGCGCUGUGUCUGUGUCACACGGUGCAGGUGAAGGAGGAGGAGACGGUGGACGGCAUCAAGAGGGGCAUACACCAGGGACGGCCCACCUCCUUCUACAUCUCCUCCUCACCGGAUGAGGUGGCUUUGGUUGAGGGAAUGAAAAGACUGGGUUACACCUAUCUGAGGCUGAAGGACAACUACAUGGAGAUUCUCAACAAAGACGAUGAGAUUGAGAGGUUUGAGCUGCUCCAUGUACUGAACUUUGACUCGGUCCGGAGGAGAAUGAGUGUCAUUGUCAAAUCAAGCUCAGGAGAAUACCUGCUGUUUUGUAAGGGGGCAGAUUCGUCCAUUUUUCCUCGGGUGGUGUCCGGGAAGGUGGAGCAGGUUAAAGCCCGGGUGGAGCAGAAUGCUGUUGAGGGGCUGCGGACUCUGUGUGUCGCCUACCGAAGGCUGUCGCAGUCAGAGUACGAGGAGGCGUGUCAUCACCUGACCGAAGCCAAGCUGGCCCUGCAGGACAGGGAGCAGAGGCUGGCGCAGGCCUAUGACAUCAUUGAGAGGGACUUUGUGCUUUUGGGUGCUACGGCAGUGGAGGACAGGCUCCAGGAGAAAGCCGCAGACACCAUUGAGUCCCUGCACAAGGCAGGGAUGAAGGUUUGGGUCCUGACAGGGGACAAGAUGGAGACAGCAGCUGCUACCUGCUACGCCAGCAAGCUGUUUCGCCGCAGCACCCAGAUCCUGGAGUUGACCAAGAAACGCACGGAGGAGCAGAGUCUGCACGAUGUGCUGUUCGAACUAAACAGGACUGUUCUCAGACAGCGCUCUAUUUCUGGGUUGUCAGUAGACUGUCUUGAUUUUGGUCUGAUCAUCGACGGGGCCACUCUGUCUGCAGUACUAAAGCCCAACCAGGAGGGUGCCGGGCCUGGAAACUACAAAGAUAUUUUUCUAGAGAUCUGUCGCAACUGUAGCGCUGUGCUCUGCUGUCGCAUGGCACCACUGCAGAAAGCACAGAUUGUGAAGCUAAUUAAAGCUUCCAAGGAGCACCCCAUAACCCUCGCUAUCGGCGAUGGAGCCAACGAUGUCAGCAUGAUCUUGGAAGCACAUGUGGGCAUUGGCAUCAUGGGCAAAGAAGGCCGACAAGCAGCAAGGAACAGCGACUAUGCCAUCCCGAAGUUCAAACACCUGAAGAAGAUGCUACUUGUUCAUGGCCACUAUUACUACAUCCGAAUCGCUGAACUUGUUCAGUACUUCUUCUACAAGAAUGUAUGCUUCAUCUUCCCUCAGUUCCUGUAUCAGUUCUUCUGUGGGUUCUCCCAGCAGCCUCUGUACGACACCGCCUAUUUGACGUUGUACAACAUUAGCUUCACCUCCCUUCCCAUCCUCCUCUACAGCCUAGUUGAGCAGCACGUCACCAUGGAGACACUUAAGAGGGAGCCCUCCUUGUACAGGGACAUAGCGAAGAACUCCCUCCUCCGCUGGCCUGUCUUCCUGUAUUGGACAUGCCUGGGUGUGUUUGACGCUGUUAUCUUCUUCUUUGGUGCCUACUUCCUGUUUGACAACACCACCUUCACCAGCAACGGCCAGCUUAUGACCACCAACACACAGAUGAUGUUCGGGAACUGGACCUUUGGAACUCUUGUCUUCACUGUGCUGGUGUUCACUGUUACACUCAAGCUUGCCUUGGACACACACCACUGGACCUGGAUCAAUCACUUUGUCAUCUGGGGGUCACUACUUUUCUACGUUAUUUUCUCUCUUCUCUGGGGAGGCAUCAUUUGGCCCUUCCUGAACUACCAGAGGAUGUACUACGUGUUCAUGCAGAUGUUGUCCAGCGGUCCAGCCUGGCUCAGCAUCAUUCUGCUUAUUACAGUCAGCUUGCUGCCAGAUGUCAUCAAGAAGGUCCUCUGCAGGGCGGUGUGUCCCACAGCCACCGAACGUGCACAGGAUCAUGAGAAGCAGUCGCGGGAUGGCGUGGCCGAGUUGACUCCACUGUCCUCUCGCCGCUCCUACAAAGGCACGAGCACGGACUCCUCUCACCUCCACGUCGGCGCCGUGGAGAUGCUGGCGCUCCGCAGGUCUGAUCCCCUUCCCCAGAAACUACUGGCCCACUUGGCGGAAGGGGGAGGGGCAGACUUGUGCUCUCUGAGCCCCUACGUACUCCGACUGUCAGGGGCGGGAUUUGCCUACUACGCUCCAGGGCCGGAGACCUCUGUAUGAACACGAGUGCACACUCUGAAACUAUGUGUCUGUGUGGGUUCAAACAUACAGUAUAUACCACAAUGUGCGACCAAGACCCGCAUCUCAAGGAUCAAGGAUUUCUAGAGCAAAAUACAAACAUGUUCACACACCUCGCUGAGUUCACCAUGUGCAUUUUCUGGGCUACACCUGAGUGGACAACCCUUUAGAUACUGUAGCCCUGACACCUCAUCUUCAUGGUUUGGUUACAGGUUUUUGUUUCAAUGUAGUCCCUGUCUUAGUCUCAUCAACGGUUCCUAUCCAAACUCUCACAUGACAAAGUUUAAGAACGAAAGGGGAACCAUGUGCGAAUGUGUUGUUUUGUGCACUACAAAUUGUCCUGUUUCACCCUGGUUUCAACAUGUCAACAAGUUGGACCUUUUUGUAUUCCUUGUCCUCAUUUUCAGUCUCUUGUUCUUGCCUGUUCCUCCACUUUUGUGUCCUUUUUGCUUCUUUGUAAAUGUUUGUUGAAAACAUUUAUGUACAGUAUAUGGUCUGGCCAAGUAUGGGGCUGCUGUCAAGCUCAGCCCUUUUAGGUGUGUGUACGUGUGCAUGUGUGCGAGCGUAUGCAUGAAUCUGCCUGUUACUGUAUGUUUGUAUGUGACACACGUCUGCCUUACAGGUAACCACACAGCAGCAGGCCAGGAGCCAAAAGAGGUGGAAAAAAAUAAAGCAGAAGUGGUGUAUUACAAAGCCUUACACUCACACACACACUCGUUAACAGAAGGAGAGAAACGGGGAAAAUCUGAAGAGGGAUGUGCAGUAUUCUAGCCACCCUGCCUUAAUUCAUAGAUACUCAUAUUUAGUGUGUAUUUCUAGGUCAGUUUAAGCAUGUGUGAGUGGACAGUGUGUCUUAUUCCUCUUCUUUUGCCGUCAUGAUUGCGUGGACUUUUGUUUGUCUCGUGUAGCAUGUCUGAUCUCUCUGCUGCAUGCUGAUUUGUCCUCCUCUCAGCUCUUCCUUAUCCUCCUUCGUCCCAAACCUCAUUCAUCACAAAUCACAUACACCUUUUUAUUUUAUACUGGCCCACUCCUGCCUCCAUGUGGCCGUGUCGGGUAACAGCAGCAGCCUGAGACAGAUGGAGUCUUUAUUCAUUUCUGUCCUAAAUGACACACUCUUCCUGUCUGUUGCAUUGUGCCUGUGUGUUUGCUGCCAUACUCUGUGUUAUGCAGAAGUCGGCGUGAGAAUGCUAAUGCCAUUUUGUAACAUGAUAAAUUGUUUUUUCUUUUCCUCUGUGUUGCAUUAAUCCAUGAGUUUUUUGGUAUUGUUCUAAAAUUAUUGAUGGCAGCCACUGUUGAUGUAUGGAUGUAAAUGAAGAUCUUUUGAUAUAUAUAGUAGUGAAAAGGGGCGUUAAAUAUCUAUAUAUAGUCUGCUGUAAGUAGGAAGGAGACUUGAAUCGGCGAUGUCACAAUCAAACCAAUAGAAUGUUGAACUGAUUUGUCCAUCAUGUCCUCCAGCUGAAGAUUGUAGCUCAUUAUGGAUGAACCGUUUUUCUGCAUUUCUAACAUCUGAAGUCCUCUUUGUCCAAAGCAUAUCUGUCGUGUUGCACAGAAAGUAACUGACUCUGGAAGUCUCGAAUGUCAGAUUCUGAAGCAUUUUUGUAUGUUUAUUUUCAUACACAUCACCCUCUGCCAACAUGUAUAGAUUUAGUAACAGGUGUUCUUUUUCAACGGGGGCACAGAUGUUCAUCAGUUUGGUUGGAAGUCUGGAUUUCUCUUUUUCAGUUUUCACUCAAGGCCCACAAGCCUCCACGUGUGUUUGGACUUUGGGGCUCAACGUCCUGACCUCAGUAGAUUAAUAAAUGAGCCUCGGUGCUUGUUAUGCAGUGUCCCACCUCACUGUGCUGUUGCCAUACUGUAUCCAGACAUAUUCUACAUACCACAGUCCUACCACAAUAGUGCUGUAAGGUCUGUUUUUCUUUAAUAGUGUAAUGUGGAUCUCUUUGUCGUGAUUCUUCAGACACAGUUUGUUAGCCGAGUUCUCCACAGCUCAAUUUUUCACAACUUCCUACUUGUCAUUUUUGUGUUGUCCAUUCUGAAUAUUUCUUUUGUUACUUUUUUAUCCCAGAGAGAAUACUAUAUUUUAACUCCGGUAGAAUGUAUGUUCAAGUUUGUAACCAAAAUGAGAGCAACAUAUACAUUAUAUGAUUCAUUAGAGAUUUACCAAUAUGUCUACACACUGCACUUUCUUCUACAACUAAUCAGUUUUUCCCCCCUAAAGCAAGGUCUGCAGUCGGCUGGGGUUUAUACGCAUUCACUCCUCCUCACAAGUUAUUUUUCUAAAAAAGUGUAGUGAGUGAGAAAAAAAGUGACCAAAUAACUUGACUAGGAAUGGACUGUCUGUAGGUGUGGGCCUCUGUCUCAAAUGGGUUUCUCGCACCAGCCUUUUACUGCUGACCAGAAUGUCAAACUGCUUUUUUAAGUCCAUCAGCAGAACAGCAGGUGCUCCUCCUGUCAUUCCUGAGCUUAUCAAAGGUCUGAAAUGUCGACUUCUGUGCUCUGAGCAGCACGCCUCAUAUCAUACCUUCAGUACAGCACUGUUUGUAUUACUAAACAGGUUUUGAGAAGUUCUCUUUUUUUCUUUUUUUUUUUUUGGGAUACAAUUUUAAAAGUUCACCUGUUGACUUUUUGCCAGCCUGUCUGUAGCAAAUGAGGACAAAGCACUGUAUUGUCAUUCUGCUUGUAAUAAAGAAAGAGUGAAAACA